AUGAGGGAGGGGAAAAGCAGAAUGUCGAAAAUGGCUUCGGCACCCUCUAAGCUCAUAUCCAGGAAUAUAUCCCUGUCCUGUCGUGGGCAGCCUAUCCAAUCCGAGCAACUGUUUGAGUACACAAAUGGUCGUUUUCUUGCGAACGAGGGCCACGAAAGGUCAAAACGAUAUGCACGAUUUAACCUUGACGCCCUUUGCACUCUAGUUUCUUCUUUACCCACCGUUUCUUCUCCCAUCUCCAAAAUCGAUAAUAUGGAGGGUUACUUCAAUAAAGCCAUGUUGAUGACAGCAGAGAAUGGAAAGGAAAUCAUUGCCAAGAUACCAUGUCCCCAGGCUGUUCCUCCAGAAUCUCGUACCUCAAUCCCUGCUCUUAAGGCUAUUGCCUGGAGCUCUGAUUCCUCUAAUCCGGUUGGCUCGAAGUACAUAUUACUAGAGAAAGCCGAUGGCAGACAGCUGGUUGAUGUAUGGGGUGACAUGGAUCAACUUCAACGCUUCCAACUAAUUAAAAACCUGGCCCGGUUGGAAGGCGAACUUACGUCUAUGGAGUUUCCAGGCUAUGGCAAUCUGUAUUUCAAUCGUCCAGCUUCUCAUCACUCUGGUCAAGCGAUACCCGUAGACGAUGAAUAUUGCCUUGGCCCAGCCUAUAAUGCGUCUUGGUUUCCACAAUCCAAUAAAGGAUGCCAUUCAGGUCCAUGGAAGAGCAUUUCGGAUCUCGGCCUUUCGCUGGCCAGCCGUGGUCUUGGACACAUACAACGUUCCACACUCGUCACUCGUGGCCCUCAUUUUGGCACUAAGGUCGAACAUUCUCGGAUUUUGGAAGCUGCUAUGGAUGUAAUUCCAAAAUUGGCAGGCCAUCCUACUAUACAGCGCUAUUCUAGACCAACACUAUGGCAUGGUGACCUUCAUCUAGGAAAUAUUUAUAUUUGCGACCAAGAUCCCACUGAUAUCGUCGGCAUUAUCGAUUGGCAAUUUAUGUCCAUUAUGCCUGCAUUUAUGCAAGUCCAGUGGCCAUAUUUCCUUUCCCCGCCUGAGAAUUAUGAAACAGGGCUAGUUAAGCCCGAGCUACCUCCGAAUUUCGACGCUAUGGACUCGGAUGAGAAAGCCUUUGCGAUGACAGAGAGGGAUCAAGCCCUACUCUCCAAGUGCUAUGAAGCGGCACUUACGAAGCAGCACCUUCAGUCGUAUUUUGCCUUGACUCGAGUCGACUCAGCUAUACGGCACCUGUUCACAUCCUGUGGAACCACGUGGAAAGAUGGAAUAAUUCCACUCCGUGACUCCUUGAUCCAAAUUUCAGAACAUUGGAACGAAAUGGGAUUCUCUGGCCCUUGUCCUUUCCCUGUCACAGGUGAUGUCUUAUCAAAGCACAGACUCGAGCUUUCACGGUACAAGGAUUGGCAUAAACUAAAAUCGUACACACAAGAGCUAUUACAAUCAGAUGAUGACGGCUGGGUGCCACCUCAGCUUGAUUAUGACAAGGUCCAAGACAGACAUGCGGAGUUGUUUCAACUUUAUAUGCAGAGGGAAACAGAAGAAAUUUCGGAAGAAGAGGCAAGGGAACUUUGGUUUUACAAAGAAGGGUCUUGAUAUAGCCGAAAACUAUGAAAACACGCGGGGCUUCAUAGGCUUUCUUUGGGUUGGUCGUUGAUGUAUGAGCUAUGCACGUAUAUGCAAAUUGCUGCGUGCGUGAAAGGCAAACCCUGCCCAAUUCGUCAAUUCUUCUUUCAGCCAGGCAGUUUCAAGUUUCCUUACAUAUGUACUCAGCUUGUCCUUCG